CCAAAGAUGAGUCGUGGAUUUUCAGAAAACAAUAACUUUCCAUAUGACAACAACCAAAUGGUUUUGGAUAUGAUCCUGUGUUCCCUAAUUGGUGUUCCUCAGCCUAUCAACUGGGACAGUGUGGCAAGGCUAGUUCCAGGAUUUACAUCCAAAGAGUGUGCAAAAAGGUAUGAUGAACUAAAAAGCAGUGGAAGUUCACCUGUUGACAACCAGUACAAUCCCCUGAUGGCUGUUGGUGGGAGUCCUGUGGAAACUUUAGCUACUUACAUCAAAUCCUCCUUGCUUGAUAUGCAGACAGAGUUUCAGGAGCCUUCCAGUGGGCAGAAUUCCAUUACUACGACUGGGAGGCCCAGCACAACCUCCACAAGGAAUACUUCUCCUGAGUCUGAGAAAGAUCCUGUGCAUAAAGAUGAAGAAAGCCCUGAUGGAAAUCAGGGGCCAAAUAUGGUGAUCCAUGUGUGUGAUGAAGCAAAAAACCUCAAAGAAGAUUUUAUUUGUCCUCGAGACCUUUUGAUUUCAGAAAUGAAAUAUUUUGCUGAAUACCUGUCAGUGGAUGCCCAGCGCUGGGAAGAGGUGGACAUUUCAGUGCACUGUGACGUUCACAUCUUUGACUGGUUGAUAAGAUAUGUCAAAAGGAACACUAAAGAAUAUGAAGCGUAUGAAAUGCCCACUCUAGAACCAGCAAAUGUCAUAUCAAUUCUUAUUUCUUCUGAAUUUUUGAGGAUGGAUUCAUUAGUAGAAGAAUGUAUUAAUUAUUGCCAUGAAAAUAUGAAUGCCAUUGUAGCCACACCAUGUAACAUGAACUGCAUCAAUGCUAAUCUUGUUACGCGAAUUGCUGAUCUCUUCACACACAAUGAGAUGGAAGAGCUGAAGGACAAAAGAGAUAAAUUUAAGAGUAAGCUUUUCUGCAAGAAGAUUGAGAGACUCUUUGAUCCAGAGUACCUAAAUCCAGAUACUGUGGGAAAUGCAGUAACAUUAUACAGAUGUUGUUUAUGUAAAAAACUGCUAACUAAAGAAACCCAAAGACGAAUUCCUUGUGUACCAGGAAAAAUCAACAUAGAUCAACAUGGGGAUAUUGUCUAUGUUCAUAUAAGAGAUAAAACUUGGGAAGUCCAUGAGUAUUUAAUUGGCCUUCAUGAGGAAUUAAAAUCUUGGCGAGAUGUUUAUUGGCGCCUCUGGGGGACUGUCAAUUGGUUGACCUGUUCCAGGUGUAAUCAAUCUUUCCUGUGUACCGAGUUCUCCCAUUGCCAGUACCAUUCGCAGCCAGUUCUUUAUCCCGGUGUGGCAAGUGCUCUGGGUUCCACUGGGACAGGAGUAUAUCCCUGCUGUAACCAGAAAGUACUUCGAUUUGAUCCUACGGCCCUCCCAAAGGGCUGUAAAGUGAGGGAUCAUGCAGUUGCUUUACCUUCAGAAGAUAAAGGUGUUUUGCCAUCUCAGACUGCUAAAAUACUGAAUGAUCUGCUUCAUCAUAGAGAUGUUAUUGUUGUUCCUUUCACAAAGGAUGAAAAUAGUGAUUCUGGUAUUGGACUCUGUGAUGAAAAAGGUAUUGAAUGUGAUGUGCUGUUAGAACCAAAUAUGCCAUGGGGCCCCAAAACAGGAGAAAUCAAUGCUUUUCUUUCUCUGAAGAACUGGACAUUGCAGCUGAAACAACAGUCACUGUUAUCCGAAGAAGAGGACUAUACAACCGGCUCAGAGGUCACGGAAGAUGAAGUGGGGGAUGAAGAAGAAGUAUGCAGGAAACCAGGUACAACUACAGCUGUCUCUGUAGCAAACCUCUCUGGAAUUCAGAUACUUCUGACAGAUCAGAGAAGAAUGUCUGAGAUUACAGGUCACUUGAUAAAAAUGCGACUGGGAGACCUUGAUCGAGUCAAGGCAAAAGACAGUAAAGAAUAUGCAGGAGGCAUUUAUUCUAGGCUUGAAGCUCAGAUAAAGGCUUCAGCACAAGUCAAUGCACGACAAAAUAACAUGGAGAAGAACACGAGGUCAAAAUCCCGUUUCGGUACAGGUCGUCCAACAUAAGGGUUCAUGAAGAAAACAUAGCCAAUACGUUACUGCUUCCUGAAAAUGUACUGCACUCUGACAUAUGGAGAAUGCAUAACUCUGAAAGCUUUCCUGUGACUUAUUUAUUACUUUAAGCUAUGUAAAUUAUUUUGUGUGUUAAAUGAAUGCAAAUCCAUUGAGGUCUGUACUUAUUUUAGAUGUAAAUACACUAUUUCUUAAAGUUAAACUUAAUUUUUUAGGCUAUUGUGUUAAGUUGCCUAGAAAUAUUUUAUAAUUUACAAAGUUAAAUUAUUAGACUAUUUAUGGGGGAAGAUGUAAAUAUGCCUUCUGGUAUGCUAGAAAUACUAAAAAGGAAAAAUGCCAGACUACUGAAUUCUGAGUCCAGUCAGCCAUGUUGACA